AUGGACCCGAUGAUCGGCGUCAGCAGGAGCGACAUGCUCGCCGGCUUGGAGCGCGACGGCUUGGACCCGGGGACGCUGGACGCCGGCACAAACCUGCUGCUCCACGUCGUGUACGACUACCUCCCGGACCCGCCCGUCUCCCCCACCGCCCCCCUCUCGCUCGCCGGCGCGUCCUGGGUCCCCGACGGCGUCGACCGCAUCAGCUGCCUCCCCGAUGUGGUCCUCCGCGACAUCAUCUCCCGCCUCCCCGCCAAGGACGCCGCGCGCACCGCCGCCCUCGCCUCGCGCUGGCGCCCCCUUUGGCGCUCGGUGCCCCUCACUCUCGUCGACAGCCACCUGCUCCCGGACGGCGGCGCGCGCGGGCAGCUCGUCAUCGGCGCUCCCUCUCCCCGCGCCGUCACCGCCGCGGUGUCCCGCGUCCUCGCGGCGCACCCGGGCCCCUUCCGCUGCGUCCACCUCACCCGCACCACCAUGGAGGAGCACCGGGGCGAGAUGUCGCGCUGGCUCGACAUCCUCGUCGCCAAGGGGGUCCAGGAACUCAUCUUUGUCAACCGGCCUUGGCCGAUAGACCUGCGCCUCCCCGCCACGCUCUUCAGCUGCUCCACCCUCACCCGCCUCUACCUCGGCGUCUGGAGGCUGCCGGACACCGCUGCCGUGCCGCGCGGCGCCAGAUUCCCCAAUCUCAAGGAGCUCGGUCUGUGCUUCUGUGUCAUGGAGGACCGUGAUCUGGCCUUCAUGCUUGAAAGAAGCCCCGUCCUGGAGUUCCUCGUCCUCAUGGGAAGCCAGACCGGAGUGCGCCUCCGCCUCGUCAGCCAAAGCCUGCGGUGUCUUCAGCUGGGCUUUACCUGCUUGGAGGACAUCGAAGUGGUGGAUGCCCCUCGCCUGGAGAGGCUCUUCCAGCGGGACACCGACGUUACUGAGGGCGACACUGCCACGAUCAAGAUUGGGCGUGCACCUAACCUGCGUGUGCUGGGAUAUCUUCAGCCAGGAGAGCAAGAGCUGGAGGUCUGCGUGGCUGGGAGCAAGGAGAAGAUUGCCCUUAGUGUGCAGAUAUUGGCCAUAGAGGUGCGAUUCGGUGUUCGUAGUGCUGUCAAGAAAGUGCCAGGCUUUCUCAGAUGCUUCCCUAACCUGGAGACGCUCCAUGUCCAGUCCCGCAUCGAUGAAGAGCCCAAUGGCAAGGUCAAUCUGAAGUUCUGGCAGGAGGGCGGUCCCAUGAAAUGCGUCGUGCAGAGCAUCAAGAAGGUGUUUUUCUACGAGUUCCAGGGGUUGAGAAGCGAGGUUGCUUUCCUCAAGUUCAUCGCGGAGAGAGGUCGGGUGCUGGAGCAGAUGGUUGUUGUGGUGGCCAGUGAGUGUUUCUCCUCAGGGGACAAUGUGAAUGCGAAGCUGAAGCCUCUGAUCAGUGCAAAAUGGAGCAACAAAGCUUGCAAAGUAGAGCUUUUCAAGAGCCCACUCGACAACGUGGGAGGUCCAGCUUACUGCCACGAAAUAGCUUCGGAUUUUGAGGUUGCUGAUCCUUUUGAUCUCAACUACUACUAUGAAGCAGAAAGGAUCUCUCUGUAA